CGGCCGUCAGGUCCGUGCAGUGCCGCUCUCUGGGCGGAGUGGGGAGGUGGCAGGAGGACGUGCGGCGGGCCCACUUCGGCCGUCUCUCCGGCCCGGUUUCCCUCGGCGUGCGACUGUGCGCUCGGCCCAGCACCAUGGGGAAGCGGGACAAUCGGGUGGCCUAUAUGAACCCAAUAGCAAUGGCAAGAUCAAGGGGUCCAAUCCAGUCUUCAGGGCCAACAAUACAGGAUUAUCUGAACCGACCAAGGCCUACCUGGGAAGAAGUAAAAGAGCAACUAGAAAAGAAAAAGAAAGGCUCCAAGGCUUUGGCUGAAUUUGAAGAAAAAAUGAAUGAGAACUGGAAGAAAGAAUUAGAAAAACACAGGGAGAAAUUGUUAAGUGGAAGUGAGAGCUCAUCCAAAAAAAGACAGAGAAAGAAAAAAGAAAAGAAGAAAUCUGGUAGGUAUUCAUCUUCUUCUUCAUCAAGCUCUGAUUCUUCCAGCAGUUCUUCUGAUUCUGAAGAUGAGGAUAAAAAACAAGGAAAACGGAGAAAGAAAAAGAAGAAUCGUUCACAUAAAUCUUCUGAAAGCUCCUUGUCAGAAACUGAAUCAGACAGUAAGGAUAGUUUAAAAAAGAAAAAGAAGUCAAAAGAUGCAACUGAGAAAGAAAAGGACAUUAAAGGACUCGGCAAAAAGAGAAAGAUGUAUUCUGAAGAUAAACCUUUAUCAUCUGAGUCCUUGUCAGAAUCAGAGUAUAUUGAGGAGGUACGAGCCAAAAAGAAGAAAAGCAGUGAAGAACGAGAAAAAGCAACAGCAAGAAAAAACAAAAAAGAAAAAGAAGCAUAAGAAACACAGUAAGAAGAAGAAAAAGAAGGCUGCUAGUUCAAGUCCUGACUCACCAUGACAUUAAGAAAAAUCAGGAUUCUCUUAUAAAGAAAGUGCAAUGUCUGAGGAAAUUUCAACUGUGAAACCUACAACAUAUUUACUAAAAUGCAUGAAUUUUCUUGUUUUUAGAAUUAUUCCUGGACUGUUCAGUAGCCACUCAGAUGCCACUGUGUGAAAGGGCCAUAAGUGUUGCCUGCUGCUUGAACAUCUAUUUCUUUCAGUGCUUGAUAACUCUGGGAGAUAAUACACUGCAGUUGUACUAGUGGUUAAGAUAUUUGGGAAUAAAAUUAAUACUCUGGACUAGAAGUGUCUAAGGAUAAAGCAACAGAAAUUGAAUCUGGAUACACCUUUAAGAUGUAAUCAGAAAUGACCAGAUGACUCUAGUUAAAAUUUUUGAAGGAGGGAUUGCAUUAAUAUUUCAGAACCCUUACUCUGUAGAUAAGUGUAUUUUAAUUUUUUUCCCCUCGUAUACUUUUAUUUACCUGGGGAAGGAGCUUUUAGGGUUGAGGGGGGUGGUUUGCUAUCUCUUUAACUAGCAGAAUAGUGUGCCUUUGAUCUUCACACAUCUUGUAUUGUGGACACAGUAGCCAUGCUUCACUGGGAGGUCAGAGCUGGCUACCAGCAGUCUUGCCCUUUACUGAGCUUAAUGUCAUCCUUGGAUGCUGUCAUAUGCUGCUUUGAGUGAACCAGAGAAACAGCCAUUUGCAGCAUGAGAAAGCCCCAAAAGCUCUGGGAUUUACCUCCACUUCAAUAAUAUGAAUAUUUUUUAACAUUAGAAUGUGUUAUGUCAUUUGAAUUAAUUUUGAUUAUACUUUGGCUUGGGAGAGGAAUUAUUUUAAAUAGACACUGGUACUUUUUGAACUUGAUAGCUAAAGAUUCUAAAAUGCAUGUUUUAUAAUAAGUUUUAACCAGUCAGGAAAAUUUUAUGUAACCAGUGAUAGUUUAUUUUUUGUAUGAAUUUUGUUUAGGCUGCAAUAUUUAGCUUUUGUUAACUCCUCACUCUUGCUGUCUUAAGUUCGUUACUAUGUUUAACGGCCUGCUUGCCAAGAUAUUUAGCAUGUAAAAGGCAGGGUUUUGAUUUAAAAAAAAAAAAAAAGCUUCAUAUUGAAGCUGAGACUUACCUUACCAUAAACAAGUUGAGUGGCAAGCCUGGUAUGCUGUGUCUUAUUGCCAGAAUCUUAGUAAAUGUAAUGUUUUAAAAGUUUUUUGUCUUUGUAUAUUAAUAACAAGUUAUGACAAGUUGAAUUUAAAUAAGAGUUACAUUAUUGCUCUUCCUGUGUUAUAUUUUACUAAGAUUUUGUGCCUCAUAUCUACUUCUGAAUUGUUUACUAGGAAUGUUAAAAGGAAUUGAUAAUUCAUUUUCAUUUUUAUAUAAUCAGGUAACGUGAAAUACAACUUGAUGUACAAUUUUGCCUAUUACAAAGGGUGUGCUAAUUAUAGUGGCAUAUGCACAGAACAUGUUGGCAUGACAACAGGCUGAAUAAAUAGCUAUUUUACUUAAAAAUAGCAGUGUUCUUAGCUCCCUUUGGACUGCAAGUAAACUUACAAGGAUAAGAAACACUCCUAGAUGUUAAGUUGUAGAUAGGUAAGACAUAUCCCUAAAUUUUUAGCUGUAAAAAAAAAAAAUUCUUGGUUUCUUUAAAUUUAAUACUCAAAACUACAUACUGUUUCAUCAUAAAAGAUAUCUGUAUGCUUUUGAAUACUCAGAAAACUUGAGGGACAUUUUACAUCCAGAAGAAAGUUUUCUAGAAUUGUUGUUCAUGAAAAUGCCAGAAGAUAAAUUUAUCAGGUCAUAUGUUCAUCACUUUUGUUAUGACACAGAAGUGUAAGUUUACAGACUAGUCCAGUAUAUGAUGAUUAUAUCCCACUAGAAGCAAUUGUUUAUUUUAUUAGAUUGGGGAAGAAAGUGAUUUGGCAAAAAACUACUCUUUUCAGACUGUUAACUGUCAGGGCAUCACUUUUUUUCUAGUCCUCUGAUGGUAGCCUUAGCAGUCUCCUCACAAGGUAUGGAAAGAAAAGAAUAUUUGACACAGUAAUUCUUUUAUUUUUAUUUAGUUUUUGUUUGUUUUGAUGAUAGGGUCUCACUCUGUUUCCUGGGCUGGAAUGCAAUGAGCGAUUUCAGCUCACUGCACUCCAGCCCACUGCAGCCUCGACCUCCCAGGCUCAAGUGAUCGUCCCAUCUCCAUCUCCCAAGUAGCCAGGACUUCAGUCACAUACCACCACACCUGUCUAAUUUUAUUUAUUUGAGACAGAGUCUCGCUUUUGUUACCCAGGCUGGAGUGCAAUGGCUCAAUCUUGGCUCACCGCAACUUCCGCCUCCUGGGUUCAAGCAAUUCUCCUGCCUCAGCCUCCUGAGUAGCUGGGAUUACAGGCAUGCGCCACCACACCUGGCCAAUUUUUGUGUAUUUAGUAGAGUUUGGGUUUCUCCAUGUUGGUCACGUUGGUCUUGAACUCUUGACCUCAGGUAAUACACCCACCUCGGCCUCAAAGUGCUGGGAUUACAGGCAUGAGCCACCGUACCAAGCCAAUUUUUUUCUAUUUUUUGUGGAGAUGGGGGUUCCACCAUGUUGGCCAGGCUAGUCCCAAACUCCUGGACUCAAGUGAUCCAUGCUUCUCUGCCUCCCAAAGUGCUAGGAUUACAGGUGUGAGCCACCGUGCCCAGCUGACAGAGUAAUAUUAUCAGUUAUGUUUAUUCCAAAGUUGCUACCCUGUGCAAAUUACUAACAUUUCUUCCUCCCUUCCAAACUACCCUUUUUCUUGACAAACUUUACACCAAUUUUGUACAAAUACAAGGUGUGUUACUAGGAUAAUGGUACUGGAAUAACCCAUAAAUUGGUGGGUGUCCAGAUAGAAAAAUGAGCUUUAUACUCAUGCUACCUCUGUAAUUGUUUGGAUUCCUUUGGCUGCCUGUAGUAUAUAUAGAUGUUUUAAAUACCAUUAGAGUGUCCUGAAUUUAUUUUAAUUAGAAUACAGAUUUACAUUCCUUCAGUCAAGAUGUAUUAAAAACUUAAUUGACAGGGUUCACACUUUUUUAAAAAUUGCCACCUUUUAACUUAAAAUCUGUGAAUACUCAUUCUGUUAUUUGCUUAAGAAAAGUUUUGGGAAACUUUAUUUUCCCCCCAACUGUGUUUAAUCAUAGGUCAUUGCAUUCUUGACUUUCUGGGCUCAAGCCAGCAUCCCACUUCAGCCUUCCCAGUAGCUAGAACCUGUGACAGGCAUGCACCACCACACCUGGCUAAUUUUUAAAAUUUUUUGUAGAGAUAGGAUCUCCCUAUGAUGUUGCCCAGGCUGGUCUUGAACUCCUUGGCUCAAGCAAUCCUCCCACUUCAGUUUCCCAAAAUGCUGAGAUUACAAGCAUAAGCCACCAUGCCCAACCUUUACCGUAUUUAAAAUUUUUUUUCUUUAUUUUGCAUGUUCCCCUCCCCCUACCUCUCCCUACCAUAUUUUAAAUUUUGUUUUCAUAUUUUAUUUAAAAGUUAGAAUGUAGUAUCCUAAAUUCUAAAUUAUAUUUUCUAAAUAGAAUUUCUACAAUUCUUUUUUUUUUUUUUUUUUAAUUUUUUAUUGGAUUAUAGGUUUUGGGGUACAUGAGCAGAGCAUGCAAGACAGUUGCGUAGGUACCCACAUGGCAGUGUGCUUUGCUUUUCUUCUCCCCUUCACCCACAUUUGGCAUUUCUCCCCAGGCUAUCCCUCCCCACCUCCCCCUCCCACUGGCCCUCCCCUUUUCCCCCCAAUAGACCCCAGUGUUUAGUACUCCCCUUUCUGUGUCCAUGUGUUCUCAUUUUUCAUCACCCACCUAUGAGUGAGAAUAUGCGGUGUUUCAUUUUCUGUUCUUGUGUCAGUUUGCUGAGGAUGAUGUUUUCCAGAUUCAUCCAUGUCCCGUUUGCGAAUUCAACGCGGGCUCCAAUCCUGGGUUGUUCUCGCAGCGCCAUCUUGAGUCCCAGCCGGCCUCUACAAUUCUUAAUACAUCUUCUUGCCUUACCACAGUGAAGGCCAGCAGACAUAGAUGACAUGUUUGUUCUCUCUGCCAGGAUUUACCAGUCGGUCCAAUCAAAGUUGGAGGGGUAAAAGUGAGUUUUUACAGUUUUUCAUUUUUCUAGAAGCUCCCAGACUGAAGCCUGUUUGGAUAUCCUAAAAGGGUGGUUGGUUAGAGUUGAGAGGAGGUUGUAAUCUUUGAAGGAGCUAUUGAUAGCCUGGGAAAUUAUUUCCACUUAAAGAUUAGGGUUUUUGUAAUCUUACUUAUAAUGUGUUCAAAUAUGUUUUCAACUGUUCUGUUGGUGCUGAAGGAGUAUAAAUGAUAUCAAAUACCGCUUUAAGUGGUGUUUAGCCCCAAAGAAAAGAUAAAUGUUGGAAAUGUUAUAAAUUUUUUAAUCACAUUAGCUGGGUGUCGUGGCUCAUGCCUGCAGUCCCAACUACUUGGGAGGCUGAAGAGGAGGAUGGCUUGAGCCUGGAAAGUCGAGGCGGCAGUGAGCUAUGAUUGUGCCGCUACACUUCAGCCUGGGCAAUGUGAUACAGCAAGACCCUGACUAAAAAAUAAAAAUAGGCUGGGCACUAUGGCUCAGGACUGUAAUCCCAGUACUUAGGUGGGCUGGGGUGAGUAGAUUGAUUGAGCCCAGGGAUUCAAGACCAGCCUGGGCAACAUAGCAAAACCCCAUCUCUACAAAAGAUGCAAAAGAUAAGCCAGGCGUGAUGUCGCUUGCCAUUAAUCCCAUAUGCUGGGGAGGCUGAGGUGGGAGGAUCACUUGAGCCCAGGAGGUGGACAUUGCAUUGAGCUGAGAUGGCGCCACUGCACUGCAUCCUAGGUGAUGCAGAGCAAGACCCUGUCUCAAAAAGAAAAUAGUAAAUUUUUAGAUCACAGAAACCGUAAUGAAAUUAUCAUAUUUGGAGUGGUAGCAACCAUUAUUGCAUACUUUUCUAGUUACUUGAGAAUUUUCUGUGUUUGGUUGCUGGGAUGUUGCCAUGGUCACAUUCCAUGUAGGGAUUGGAGUAGUGAACUGUGGAAGCAGUGAUGAUAGCUCAGGAUGCCCAGGCUUGAAGCUAGGUUACCUGGGAAGUCUGGUGUGUGUUAAAGCCAUACUGGACAUGGACCAAAAGGCUCUGAGGAAACUGGUGGAAUCCAUCAGUGAAACUGUCAAGAGCUGUAAGUACUGGCCAGACUUCAGUGCUGCCUGAACAUCUUGAUUCAUAGAAAUGUUUAAAAAGCAAAAAGAUGAGGAUAUAUUAAAAAGAUACAGGAGCCAACCUGAAAACUCCUAAUGGCCAAACCUGGAACAACUUGAGCAGCAAAGUAACAUAGUAUUGAUAGGCAUCUUAGUCUAUUUGGGCUUCUGAACAAAAUACCAUAGACUGGAUGGUUUAUAAGCAACAGAAGUGUACUUCUCACAGUUCUGGAGGCUGGGAAGCCCAAGGUUAAGACAGAGUCACUGUCUGGUAAGGAAGGGCCUGCUUGCUUUCUGGGUCAUGGACGGCACUUCCUUGCUGUGUCCUCACUGAAAUGGAAGGGACUAGCUAGCUUUCUGGGGCCUCUUACUUUAUAAGAACACGAGGCCUAACUGCCUCCCAAAGGCCACCCUCCUAAUACCAUUACGUUGGGGGAUAAAAUUUCACCAUGAAUUUGGUGGGGGGCAGGGAGGGGCCCAAACAGACGAUAGCAGUGUGUAACUCGUAGUAUAAAAUAAAUACAUGUGACUUAAUACAUAAAUAAAUAAUAAUUAUAAAUAAAUGGAAAAGAGAAAAGUCUUCCUUAUGGGAGAAUUCUAAAUAGUGGUAUAGAUACCACUUUCUAGGAAGUAGAGCUUAUUUCCAUUAUUGAGUGACUAGCUUCAAACGAAUAUUGUGGAAAGAGAAAAACAGUAACUACGGUGGAGAGAGCUGGCAGACUCUAGCUUAACCAAAUGAUAAAGUUUAACAUCCGUAGUGAUAUAUCAUGUUGAGAUCAUGUUUCUCUUUACAUGUGACUAGAGCAGCAGUUUACCUCUGUGGUAUUAUUCCCCAAAACACACAAUCACAGUCUAAUCAUGAGAAAAACAGGCACACAGCCAGAUGUGAUGACAAGCACCUAUAAUCCUAGCUACUGGGGAGGUUAAAGCAGGAGGAUAUUUUGAGCCCAGGAGUUCGAGGCUGCAAUGAGCUCACACCACUGCUCUCCAGCCUGGAAAACAUAGCAAGAUUCCAUCUCUUAAAAAAAAGAAAAUAAUAGAUUUAUAAAACAGGUAAACUUAAAAUGAUGACCAUUUCAUUCUACAAAAUAAAUCCAAAACUGUUAUAUUCAUGAAAAGCAAGGAAAGAUUGAAAACUAUCACAGACAGGUUGGAGGAGGCAUGACAACCUAAUAUGGUAUCCCAGAUUGAAUUCUGGUAUUAAAACAAAGGAUGUUAGUGUAAAAACUGGAAAUCCAUUUAAAAUCUAUAGUUAACCAAUGUAGUGUACCAAUGUUAAUACAUUAGUUUUGACAAAUGUACCAUGGUUAUGUAAAACAUUAGCAUUAGGGAGAAACUAGGUGAAGAGUAUAUAGGAACUCUUCGUAAUAUCUGUGCAUCUCUUAAUCUAAAAUUAUUCCAGACUACAAUGGAUCAGUUUCUAGUAUCUCAACACCAUCCUCAUUAAUGACCCAUGGUGUCCUUUCUUUUUUCUUUUUUAGACAGAGUCUCACUUUGUCACCCAGGCUGGACUGUAGUAGUGGCACAAACACAGCACACUGCACCCUCAACCUCCCUAACUCAAGCCAUUCUUUCACCUCAGCCUCUCUAGUAGCUUGGGCCUGCAGGCAUGUGCCACCACACUUGGCUAGUUUUUGUAUUUUUUGUAGAGAUAGGGUUUCAUUAUAUUGCCCAACUGGUCUCAAAAUCCUGAGCUCAAGCAAUCCGCCCACCUCGUGCCAGGAUUACAUGGUAAGGCCACCAUGCCUGGCUUUACAAUGGUUUCUUGACCACAUGUACAAGGUAUUUAGAUAUAUUGAAAUCUGAGAUACACUGAUAAAAUUCAGGACAGGUUAGCUUAUUACUUGCUGAAGAUUGUAUCUAAAAUAUUUGAUUGCUUUUUUGGAUGACUGUCAACAUUUGACACUCAGAGCAGCUCUUGACUUAUUAUUCCAACCUCCCUUUUCUCAGACUUCCAUUUUCACACCACUAUUGGUGCUAACAUUUCCAUUCAGAUAAUAACUUUCUACCAGAGUUGAGCAGGGUUGCUUUCAGGCAAGCAUUAAUAUGCUAUAUAUAAUGCAUCUAUACCUGAGCUUCCUUUUUCUUCAUAUUCCAAAUAAGAAAAACAUUCCAAGUUUUUGUCCUCAAAGCAGCUGCAUUUGUUUUAUGACCUAGCCUUGAAAAUCACUGAGCCUCAUUUUCACUGUACUCUAUUGAUUAAAACAGUUACAAAAAUCCCCCUAGUUUUAAAAGGAGAACACAUAGACCCCUAUCUCUCUAAGAAAGGAGUAUCAAAGUCACAUUGCAGGAAGAGCAUGUUCAAUGGGAUACAUUGAUAUGAUCAUCUUUAGGAAAAUGCAAACAGCCUCAUCAGAAUUCACCAUUAAUUAGGUAGUUUCAAGAAUCUACUGCCAGGUGACCAGGCAUGGUGGCUCAUGCCUGUAAUCCUAGCACUUUGGGAGGCUGAGGUGGGUGGAUCACUUUAGGUCAGGAGCUCAAGACCAACCUGGACAACAUGGUGAAGCCUCAUCUCGACUAAAAAUAUAAAAAUUAGCCAGGUAUGGUGGCAGGCACCUGUAAUCCCAGCUACUCAGGAGGCUGAGAUAGGAGAAUCACUUGAAUUCGGGAGGCAGAGGUUGCAGUGAGCUGAGAUCAUGCCCCUGCUCUCCAGCCUGGGUGACAGAGCGAGACUCCACCUCAAAAAAAAAAAAAAAAUCUACUUCCAGGCCGGGCACAGUGGCUCGCACCUGUAAUCCCAGCACUUUUGGAGGCCCAGGAGUUUUGAGACCAGCCUGGUCAACAUAGUGUGAGUUCAUCUCUACUAAAAAUUUAAAAGUUAGUGGCCUUUGGAUGGAGCAACUUGGGUGGAGCUGGAGGCUGUUAUUCAAAGUGAAUAACCCAGGAAUGGAGAACCAAAUAUUGCAUGUUCUCAUAAGUGGGAGCUAAGCUAUGAGGAUGCAAACACAUAAGAAUGAUACCACGGACUUCAAGGACUCUGUGGGAAGGGUGGGAGGUGGGUGAGGGAUAAAAGACUACAUACUGGGUACACUGUACACUGCCCAGGUGACGAAUACACCAGAAUAUCAGAGAUCACCACUAAAGAACAUAUUCAUGUAACCAAAAACCAUAUGUACCUCAAAAACUAUUGAAAUGAAAAAAAAAUUUUUAAUUAAAAUUAGCCAGACAUGGUGGUGUACACCAUGCUACUCAAGAGGCUGAGGCAGGAGGAUCCCUUGAGCCCAGGAAUUCAAGACUGCAAGUGGGCUAUGAUUUCACUGCUGCACUCCAGCCUGGGAGACAGAGAGAGACCCUGUCUCUUAAAAAAAAAAAAAAAAAAAAGGAUUACAUUUUAUGCUUUUAGAGACUGAAGGAAUCUGAGAGAUCACUAAGUGUUAUAGAUGAGGGCAGCAAGACAUAAAGAAGCUGUAUGACUCGUGUAAGUCCCUCAGCUAUUUAGGAUAAGAAAUGGAAGUGGAACCCAGUGGCUUAUUAAGUCUUGGGUCCCCAGCCCACAAAGUCUCACCCAUUGGUUCUCAGUCCUGAUAGUGCAUCAGAUGCUUGUGCGCUUCUUCAGAAUAGCAUUUUACUGAGUCUGGAGUGAGAACCAGGUAUGUGCAUAUUUAAAUAUUUCCAUUUGAACACUGCAGAUCUGAUAAGUCACAAAAACUGACAGUUUAUGUAGCAUCUCAGGCUCCCUCCCCAGCUUUCUAUCUUUAUUUCCACCUCCCUAUCCCAAACACUAUCCCUCCAAGCCUGGCUUCCAUGCUUCCAGCUUUCCUACUUCAAUACUGCUUCACCAGAUGGAUUUUCCUAAACCACUUGUACUGUUAUGCCCCUCUCCUGUUCCAAAAUUUUCAGUGGCCAAACCCAAAGAUUCUCAGCUCCUGGGGCAUAGAAGUUGAGCUCUUGUUCAAAAGCUAAUUCCUGGGCUUGCUGUUAACAGUUCUGGUUUAGCAGAUCUAGGGCAAGUUCUGGGAAACUGCAAGCAUGGGACAGUGGAAAGGGGGUUAAUUCUCAUACAAAUGGUCCAAAAAUGAUACCAUAAGAACCACUGCUCCUGUACGAUAAAUGUUAAUCUUCUGACCAUAUUUAUUUGGAUUGAAUAACUCAGUGAUUAAGUUGUAUUUAUUUCUCUUUUCAUUUUACAGUCAAAAAAGUGAGCUAGAGUGUCUCAUGAGACUCUUCUACAGCUCGGUAGGAAGAGCUGGUGGAAGAUUUGGUAACAUUGGGCUAGAUCAUAACACAUUUCGAGGAAUCCCGUACAGUGUAUUUGGAAUGACUGAUGAUAUGUUGAUGAAUAGGGGUAAGAAGUCAUAAGAGACUAAAAAGAGCCAAUCUGAAACAGCAAACAUACACAAAUUCCAUUUUCAUGAAAGACUUUGAAUUUUUUUAACUCCAAACUAGAAGGCAUAAUUCCAGAAGUGUAGGCUGCAAACAUUACUGGUUUGAUUGUGAGGAUGGUUUUCAAUACAAACUCACUCAGAAUUUCAUAUCUCAUACCUGUACAGCUUUGAGAAAUAACCAGUAGGGCCAGGCACGCUGGCUAAUGCCAGUAAUCCCAGCACUUUGGGAGGCCAAGGCAAGUGGAUCACCUGAGGUCAGGAGUUAGAUCAGCCUGACCAACAUGGUGAAACCCUGUCUCUACCUAAAAUAAAAAAUGAGUGAGGCAUGGUGGCACAGGCCUGUAAUCCCAGCUACUUGGGAGGCUCAGGCAGGAGAAUUGCUUGAGCCUGGGAGGUGGAGGUUGCAGUGAGCCAAGAUUUUGCCAUUGCACUCCAGCCUGAGUGACAAGAGCAAAACUCCAUCUCAAAAAAAAAAAAAAAGAAAUAACCAAUAAUGAGCUAAGUAAGCUAGCAGUAUCUUUUUUUCUUUUCAGGCAGUCUCCUUCUGUUGCACAGGCUGGAGUGCAGUGGUGCAGUCUCAGCUCACUGCAACUUCCACCUCCCAGGUUCAAGCAAUUCUCAUGCCUCUACCUCUAGAGUAGCUGGGAUUACAGGGAUGUGCCCGACUAGUAAUAGAUUUUUAAGAUGUACAAUUUGGUAAGUUUUGACACAUGUAUAUACCUACUAAACCAUCACCACAAUCAAAAUAAUUAACAUAUUCAUCAUCUCAAAAAGAAUAAUGUUUUAACAUUUUUAUAGGAGAAUAAAAUUUCCAAUUAAAAAAUAUUGUGUUAUUUUAGUAAUUUACCUUUAGAUAUUGUGUAAACUCUUUAGAACAGAAUUUGUAACACUUUUUUUUAGAAUAAACAUUAUAACUUCU